UUUUUUAGUAAUAGGGGCGAUUGGUUCAUAAAUGAGCUAUUUUUCCUUUGUAGACACGUAAAUUUUAAUGUGGGUGAAUUUUAACUAUCUGAGUUAGUGGCCGAAAUUGGCCUGAUAUUUCCUUGUGCACGAUUGCUUCAUAUUUAGUAUCUAAGGGCUGUAUAAGGGCUAGUAACUAUGUAGGAACUAAAUGGCUGUGCUCGUGAUCGUGUUAGUCACAAUUUGUUAGAUUGUCUGGCUGCCCUUGGCUGUUUUUGAUCAAUGUGUAGAAAAUCGGUCUCACAUUCAUAAUCUUCAACCAGUAUUUUUUGGUUGUUGAAAUGGAUCCCAACAUUGCAGGUGCUAUUCAUCUGCAGACGGAAAAGCUGCGCCAUGAGCUGGUUAUUGACCCACGAUGUCAGCAACUACAGCAUCAUGACCCGUACACGAUGAACGAAUUGUUGGAACACUAUCCCACCGUGAAGACCACCACUUCAAACAAUGUGACACGAAGCGUAUUGGAGCGAACCACCUCAACAGCAACCAUCCUUGGACCAGGCACUUACCCCAUAAAAAAGAAUUCAUGGAGACCUCUCAGUCGUCGACGUGGGUCCCUGGAAAAUCCAGAAUGUGACAUCGUUAUACUAAUGAUUGGAUUUUCUCUAAUUUUUUGCCUGAUUGGUCUCAUCCUGGAAGGGAUUGCCUAUAAUUCAGACGUUGCCUGGAACGACAUGAUCAAAGACGGUGACCCAUUUCCGUCCCUUGAGUCAAUCACCUACUUUGACAAUAAAAAGUUGGUGUUUGACACCUCUGACCAAAGAUUGGCUGAGGCGAAAAAGCUGGUGUUGAGGGAUGGCGAUCUCGAACCUGUGGCCAUCGGAUGCAUCGUCGUCUCCUUCUUUAUGAUUGUCCUCACUUUGUUCAUGUACUAUCAGGGCGAGGCAUACAAGAAAACGGUUGUUUUGUGUCACAUUCCCGUUGGAGCUAUAAUUUUACUAGCCUCAAUCUGCAUCUUUGUUUCAGAUGAUCAAAUUGAUGGAGAUCACCUAAAGGCUGCUGCACACCUGGAAGUAUUUCUUCAAGACAUUAUGGAUUACCAAGAGCACACUACGUUUUCAGGGUUUACACUGGAAAAUAUUGAAGAAAUUGGAAUACAGACUUUGAAUCUUAUUGCAGUCGAAAAAAUGUGUGCCCUGGGAGUGUCCAGUAGCGAAGGAAGAAUUAGUGUCACUGGAAGAACUACGCAAUAUAUUUAUAUUCUUGAAGACAAGAAAGUCAUGCGUAAAAUUACACUGGAUGAUUUGCAUACUUUGGGUUUCUGCUCACAAGAAAGCUACAAACAUGGUGCAGGGAGUGUGCUGUUAAUUUACUUUGUUUUGUGCUACCUUGUGCCGCUGGUAUUCUAUUGCCGGGUGCACGGGCGUGGCGCGGCAAAGGUGGACGAUGAAGCGGAUGACAUGGAAGCGCUUGACAUUGAGACGUUGAAAUUCACGGACCUACCACCCUCCACAUUUGACGAUGAGAAUGUUCCCCCUCGCACAAGCGAUAUGCAAAUCCCACCACUGGAAGGACAGUACGAUGUCCGUGCCGCCCCACGGCCACCAAAAGUCCCCAUGGACGAGUUGCUUGAAAUGGAGUAUGCGCAAUUAUCGCUUUUGCAUAAGAGAGCAAUGGAAAUGAAUGGAGAUGUGGACGAAUUAUCUCGGGAUACCUCACGACGCCGUUCCCCAGAGUCAAGAGCAGAGUCUCCAGCAGCGGCUUCUUCGGGCAAGAAACAAAAGGAUGAAUUGCAACCUGUCGAAUCAGAACGCUUGUACAGUUUGGAAAACAAACUCAAACAAUUAGAGAGAAAGAUUGCCCGAGUUGAAGAAGAAGAGAGACGAUUCCAUCGUCCCCAAUCUGCUCCUCAGAAUUCAGGUUCCAAUAAUGAGGAUAGCGAAGAUAAUUGAAUAACGAUAAACUGAUGAAACUUUAUUUAUUAAAAAUAUUAAAAACACAAAAUGCUAUUUGUUUUACUCUAAUUAUAUGUAUGUACAUAUGUAUGUACAAAAUUUAACAGUGUCUCUUGGUUCCGUUUC